AUGUUGAUUUCUUGGGCGCUCAGAAUUGCGGAGACUCCAAAGACUGAUCUCGAUUUCUGGAAAUCCCUUUUCCCGGUUGCUGUUGCGCAUACAAUUGGGCAUGUUGCGGCUACUGUGAGUAUGUCUAAGGUGGCAGUUUCAUUUACACACAUAAUCAAGAGUGGUGAGCCUGCUUUUAGUGUCUUGGUUUCAAGAUUCAUACUGGGAGAGACUUUUCCUCCAUCAGUGUACUUGUCCCUUCUUCCGAUUAUCGGCGGGUGUGGUCUCGCAGCUCUCACCGAACUGAACUUCAACAUGAUUGGUUUUAUGGGUGCCAUGAUCUCGAAUUUGGCGUUUGUUUUUCGGAAUAUAUUUUCCAAGAGGGGCAUGAAGGGGAAUUCGGUCAGCGGAAUGAACUAUUAUGCCUGCUUAUCCAUCAUGUCUCUCUUAAUUCUCACUCCAUUUGCAAUUGCUGUGGAGGGACCACAGCUAUGGGCAGCAGGUUUUAAAGAUGCCUUGUCUCAAAUCGGACCCCAGAUUGUUUGGUGGAUGGCGGCCCAGAGUGUAUUUUACCACCUCUACAAUCAGGUGUCUUACAUGUCACUGGACGAGAUUUCUCCUUUGACAUUUAGCAUAGGAAACACUAUGAAGCGUAUUUCGGUCAUUGUCUCGUCUAUCAUUAUCUUCCAGACACCUGUUCAACCUGUCAAUGCUCUCGGAGCAGCUAUUGCCAUUCUUGGAACUUUCUUAUAUUCUCAGGCCAAGCAAUGA